AUGGCGCAGAGCUACUUCCUAGGGUGGUCGUACGUGGCUUCGAUCACAAUCGUGGGCGCUCCUGACACGGGGUUUGCUGCAACGGCAAUUGGCGUGGUUGGGAAUGUUGGCGCCAGCGACUUUGAUGUGUACGAACAGAACCCGGACCUGAUGAUCAUCCAGCGGAUGGCAGAGAACUUCGUGACGCUGAGGAAUCUGAAAGCAAAGCAGUUCAAGAGUACCAAGGGAACGUAUUUGGUAAAUCUCUCUUCGCGUGUAUCGGAUCUGGAGAAGCGGGAGGCGAUUGCCUGGCAGCCACGCCUGCGCAACCUCGCCACGCAAAUCCUCCUGCACGCCUGCGGCAACCAGGAGUUCCGCACGACGUCCAGCGACUAUUUCGCUAAGCUGGCCGAAGCGCGGGACAGCGGGCUGCAGCAGGUCGCGGCAGGCAUGCACAUGAAGCUGGCGCAGGUGGCAACGGAGGCCGAUAAUGUGCUGACCCGCCAAAAUUUGCACGUGCACUCGAGCAGCCUGGAGAUGUUGGAGGCGGAAGUCGACGCGGUGAGGAAAUGCAUCACCAUCGAGCUGGAGCAGUCAUGCCCACAGGAGUGCCGCUUUGUGCAUGCCUAUGAGGUCAUCAAGGGUGCCUUCCCCGUGCAUUUCAAGAAUGAUGACAGCUGUGGUGGACAAGCCAUCGCUUCUGUCCAAUGA